AUGGCGAGUCAAACGGAAUCAGAGGAGCGGAUGAACAAUCUCUGCGGAGAAUGUUGCAAACAGCUCCGUACCGGGCUUAAACUCGAAGACCUCUACCAGACAGAGGUCAAGCGACUCGAACGACGGAGUAAAGUAUGCAACGGCCAAAAGGAAAAAACCAAUGCGGUUCUGAACAAAUACGCACAAGCCUCGUGUCGUGAGCUAUGUGACCGCAUGCUCGAAGUACUUCCCCGCGAACUGCGCGAUACCAUCUAUGGGCACCUUCUACCCCAUUCUAACACAGUACCCAAGAGGUUGACUGCCAUGGACUUUGAUGGCCAGGUUCGCCAAGUUUGCGUCGAGAGUAAUGGCUCUGUGGGAUUCUCCACUAUGAUCCCGUUGCAUCUCCACGAGACCGAAUAUAGACCCCAAGAUUUUUACCGAGAAAUACUUGAAAGACUUUUCCAAACGACUACGUUCGAUCUUGGGGACGACUUGAGCCUCAUAACGGCGCUUGGGUCAUGGGAUGGAGGACUCGGCAUCAUACCUGCUGAUUACCCCCUCGACAUUUCUUUCCUUAUCAAAUUCGAUUGGUUAGACCUUCGGUGCAAACACGAUCCCUGGUUCGUUUAUGACACGCCAUUAUGGCCCAAAGUCUUUCUCACUAGACUAGAAGGAUUGUUCAGCUUCAAGCCUGGCACGAAGCUCACCGUCUGUAUCCAGCAAGACAACGUCUGGCAACCGAUCGCACAAGAGGUUAAGGAAUUGGAAUGUAAAGCCGUGGUUUCGAUCAUCUUGCCAACACUGCGAAGGCUCGCCGCCAUUGGUACAAAAACUAAGCUGAGUCUGGAUGGCGUUUGUGAACUGGAAAUCGACAAUGAUAAGGUAAUUCUGGAAGGUAUGGAGGACCCAUGGAAGAACGCGAGGACAAUGGAUGAGAUAUUGGCGGCUGCGCAAAUGAAUGGCAGUGACUGCACAUGCAGGCAACUUCGGAGGCGCGCUUUAAGAGCACUUUCCGAAGAAAGCAUCCGUAAAGCCCGUCUCGCAGCACUACAGCGAGAACUUGCACUUCUGGAAAAGGAUCUUGCCAGCACCACACCAAUGACACAAGAUGCUGUCGAAGAGCUUGCAAAGACGGAAUGCCAGCAGCUUGCCAACGCCGUCUUGACUAAAUUACCGCGUGAGAUCCGCGACAUGAUCUAUUUUCACCUCAGUACACGCGGUCGCGAGCUCAUCGAGCGCGAGCAUUUUCGGACAACCUUGGACCCACUUACGAGAUUAUACUCGUAUGAUUUCGAGAGGUGGAAAGCGCAGCAUUUUCCCGCGCACUACUGGAAUCCUGAAUACGUAUCCCAGCGCUUCUACUGCGAGCUCUUGGAAAACUAUUACCGUACUAGUACGUUCUUGUUUGGUGAUGAUCCGGGGGUAAUGAAGCGUUUCCUCAACACAGAUGAGAUGAAACUUGGGGUAGCUCCUAAAGCACUGGUUUCUAGCGUUGAGAUUGGGCUGAAUGCUGUGUCGCAUGAUCGAGGCUCCUUCCGCGCUUACAUGUUCGGCAUACCGAAAUCACCAGAGCGAAUGCGGGAGGCUCUUGAUGGUAUCUUUGAACUCAGACCUGGAGCUAGAAUCGUGAUUCGAUUCGUGACCGAGGCGAAAACUAAGGAAGAGAGGGAUGAGCAUUGUAAAGGAGCGAUGAAAAUGCUGUUCGACGAAGCGCAGGUGGAGAAGAUGAAGAUGUACAAGGUCAAGUUGGUGGUUGACGAGGGGAAGGUCUGGGAUCUGGCGGAAGCAAUGAAGGAUGAGUGGAUGGCGAUUCACGGGUGA